GCAACUCACGUGUUUGAGGAAGUUGCUCAAUACUGUAAAACACACACGUUCGUCUGCCGCGUUGGAAAAACAUGUUGCCGUAGAGAGGCGCAGACAGUCAUGAAGCUCCUCUUUUAAGAUACAAUGAACGACUCGGUGUUGGUGACUCGCUCGACUUACAUUCGUAAACUCAGCUACAGAACUCUAUGUAAAGUGGCUGACUUUUUAGACCCUCAGGACAGAUGGAAGGACGUCAUCAUUUACAUCCGGAAGUCGGACGGCCAGUUUAGGUACACUCAGAAUCAUGUCAGGCGAUUUGAGGGCCUUGUUGCUCAGGGUAAGAGCCCAACAGUGGAGCUUCUGCAUGACUGGGGCAUGUUCAACGCCACAGUGGGAGAAUUAGUGGACAUUCUCAAGAGUAGCAAGUUACUGGCUGCUGCCAGCAUAUUGUUACCAGAAGUCGUGCUCUCUAUAGAGACACCACGAGCAUCUCCUGCAACAGAACCCAGCAGCACACGUCUGCCCUGGAGGAAAGCUGAGACAGAGAAGAUGACCUUAGCCCCUGUUGCUGAUGAACAGCAGACUCCAAUUCAGCUGAAGAAUGGUGAACCGGACCACGAACAAGGUUCCACUAGUUUUUCAUACAGUCAACUGAGGGAAAUUACUAGAAACUUUGACGAUCGCCCCACGUCUGAGGGCGGCUGUCGACUUGGAGAAGGUGGUUUUGGGACGGUCUACAAAGGUUUUCUGCAGGACAAACCAGUAGCCGUGAAAAAACUCAACAUGAUAGAUGACGUCUCACCCAAUGAGCUACAAAUUCAGUUCAACCAAGAGGUUCAAACGCUGACAGUGUUGAAACAUGAAAACCUAGUGGACAUGGUAGGCUACUCCUGUGAUGGACAGGUCCCGUGUUUGGUGUAUGCCUUCAUGGCUAACGGAUCCCUGCUGGAUAGGCUGGCUUGUUUUGAAGGAAGUCCUCCACUGUCCUGGCGACAGAGGUGCUUGAUAGCUGAAGGCACUACAAGGGGUUUGGAAUAUUUGCACAGCAACCAUCAUGUCCAUAGAGAUGUGAAAAGUGCAAAUAUCCUCUUGGAUGAAAAUUUAGUAGCCAAAAUUUCAGACUUUGGCCUGACAAGAGCCUCAGCAAAGCAGACGGCAACAACCAUGAUGACAGAAAGGAUCGUAGGUACUUGUGCAUAUAUGGCACCCGAGGCGCUGAGAGGGGAGAUCACGCCAAAAUCAGACAUCUUCAGUUUUGGAGUGGUGCUGUUAGAAAUAUUAUCCGGGCUCUCACCAGCAGAUGAAAACCGGGAGCCGCAGCUUUUGAUUGACAUGAGACACGACAUCGACGAUGAAGAUGAGGAGCUCACUCUAGAGUCCUUUAUUGACGAGAAUAUGAGCGAUUGGGACAUGAGCCAGGUGCAGACUGUCUACUCUCUGGCCAGCAGCUGCCUCCAAGAGAGGAAGAACAGACGGCCGCUCAUCACACAAGUGCUGUCUGAGCUCAAUGGUGUGGUCAAAAACAGUUCACUGGAGUCUUACGCAUAGGACUGAAGUUGACUAAGAACAGUAUGAACACCUGCACACGUCUCGUGCUGAUCAAUGAAUUGUAUUUGCGGUCCACACUUUUCAACCUUCUUAGUCACUUGUAAAAGAAAUACAGAGGGGAAUAAAUUACCUGAUGAGAGCUCCAUCAAGGACUUUGCAUAUCCAAGCCAUUGAAAUUUUCUUUUUGGAAUCUAAGAAAUUUGCCACACCCACCUAAAAAGGUUUAUACUUUGGAAUUCCACAAAAUGACACGAAGCAUUUUUUUUUUUUUUAAAUUGAUCAUAUGACCAUGGUCUCAAUAAAUGAAGCUAUUCCCGUUGACUGAUUUAAAAACAGACUUCUAUAUUGCUGUGACAACAAACGAACACAUGAAGGUUUCUGGCUGAACCAGUGUGACAUUCAUUCGAGCUCAGUUUCCUCAACGCUUUUUUUUGUUGUUGUUUUUUUAAACUUUGGAAUGGGUUAUAGUAGCUCACCCAACCAUGUAUUGUUGCGUGUGAGUCUGAAUAACCCGAUUAUGUACAGUGGGGAGAACAAGUAUUUGAUACACUGCCUAUAGACCCUACUCACAUCCACGCCUCCGCGCCAUAUUGUCCGUCAGCUCGUCGGGCUUAAGCAUUACCGCUACGUAAAUUCCUCCUAUUAUGGCGUGUUUUUCUGCUCGUUAACAUUAAUAAUCAAAAUGGUGAAGGCGUGUGUGGCGGUUGGUCGCAAUAACAGAGAAGAUAGACGGAGAGACUUGAAGUUCUACCGUAUUCCGAGAGACCCGGAGAGGAGAGCGGGAUGGACUGCUGCAAUUCGACAAGAAAACUGGGCACCAAACGAUCACUACAGAUUAUGUAGUAGUCAUUUUAUAUCUGGUAAGAUGCAUUUAAUAUAUAUUUAGAGGGUUUUGGGCUGACAACCACAAUUAAGAUCAUUGCGAGGCUAAUCUCCGACAACAUACAGUUUCAAAUUCAAGAUGCUUAUUUCUUCCACCAUCAUUAUUUUUUGAAUAAUAUUUAGCUGGUAUCAAGUGAAAGAAGUUAAACAGGUGUGUCCAAACCUUUUACAAAGGGGGCCAGAUUUAGUGUGGUAAAAAUGCGGGGGGCUACCUUGGCUGAUUUACAUAGAACAAUAUAUUUAAACAAAUUUUAGCAAGCCGUUCUGUGUGUCACAUUUGCUUUAUAAUUUUUUUAAUUCAUAAUUUCAACAAUCUUGUCUUUGUGGCGUUCUCUUUAGACACUCGGGCUCUUGCGAAAUACUGCUGCUGUGAAAUUAAACUAGCUUCAAGUUGCUAUAAUUUCUCGCUGCGUAUCUUCCCUGUAAUGUUGUCGUACAUGUCAGCGUGUCUUGUUUGGUAAUAUUGCGUCACUUCGAACUCUUUGAAAACAGCGACUGUCUCUUUGCAAAUGAGGCAGACACAGUUGUUGCGUGUUUUAUUGAACAAAUAGUCCAAUAUCCAUCUAUCCUUGAAUCGUCGGCUAUCGCAGUCAACUUUUUUUUUUAUCGAUUGUCGCCAUUUUAGAAAAUUGGAAGUAAAGGGUCACACGGGGUAAUGUUGCUUAAAGUUUUUCAAACUUUCGUGAGAAUAGGCUGAUUUUGUGUGGACAAGAUAGUUGUAGAUAUCAGGGUAGCAGAUGUCAGGCAGAGAGGGCGAAGACAGCGGGUCGAAAAAUAUCGAUUUAGGCAUCAAAUAUGGAUCUGGCGAAUGGAUAGACUGAAGCUUUUCCACAUAACGCCUUUUAUGCAACGCAUCCAAUGAGUUUACAGCGUCUGAAAGCACCGGGGCGUCCAUGAAUUGCACUAUAAAUUGAAACCAUUGAGAAUACGGAUAAACACUGACGGACAAUAUGGCAGCCGGAUACAGCGACACGUCAUUCUGUGACGUCGGUGAGUAGGGUCUAUAAUUGCAUGUGAGUCAGAGUCACCUGAUUUUGAGGCUCUGCCAAAAGUGUCCUGAUCCCAUAGGUUGGACAUGUAUUCAGGAAGGGAGUAAACAUUUUUGGCCAGUUUGAAUAAAGCUAUCCCGACACUGUACUCAUAUAAGAGAGUUUUUAACACAGCGCUGGGUUCAACUAAGUGGGGUGGGGAGAUCACAAAUCCCCUUUUUUUUUUUGCAACACAGUUCUGUAGCACAAGAUAAGGUGGCCAACAAAUUACAUUUAAAUAUUUUGUUUCACAUAAAUUUAUAUGGAAAAAAAAAAAGUUGGUCAUCCAAUAAGAUGAACUGAGUUCUUGACUUUUUUUGCCGUCACUCAACAUUUUAUCCUUGUUCUGAAAUUUCAGUAGUAGAAAUAUACCUCUACAGUACAGUAGAUAAUGCACAUAUAUUUUUGCAAUAUCCUUAUACUUGUGGAUUUGUUUUGUUACUUGUAGCCAUUAAGUCAUUCAGUGCUAUUGACAAUUGUAGACAUUAAUUCCAUUUCAACUGGGAAGGUUGGCGCUGAGUGAUGUUUCAUGGCCAUUGACGGCAAUAGGCGUCCAAUCCAAUAUGACUCGGGACCUCCCAGUCAAAAUGGAUUGGACGUUCAUCGCCAUCAAUGGCAGCCAAAAAGUUAACUUUAGAAUAUCUUUUUCACUCGGUAAAAUGCUUCUGAAAUUAACAAUCUGGCCUGAUUUCCAAUAACAUGAUCGGAUCGGGAAUAUCCGUAGUUAAAUUUAGUUUUCAUUGAAUGACAUACGUACAACAUGUGCAAUUUAAAUAUUUUUAUUCUUCUUAAAAAGAAAAAAAGGUCUGUAAGAAAACAAAUAAGACCAGACAUGAUUUUCAUCUCUAUUUCUAAUGAGACUAUGAAUACUAAGGGAUUUUUAUCCCCAGCUUCAAACAUGAGGUGAGCUUGGUAGUGUGCCUAAUGUUAAGUCAUCAGUAGACAAGUGGCUGUGGCAACAUUUUGAUCAACGCAAAUAUUCCCUUUCCUAUUCUGUAGCACACCCCCUCCCACUUGCUCUUGCUGGGAUUCUGAUCCCGUGGAACCUGACUUUCGAUGGAUAUGUUAGUCAAAGUCCCUCAGUUACAUCACCACCAGAACAUACACUUACACACGGCUACAAAUACGUACAUUACAGCACUUGCAUAGAAAAAUAAGUUUCUCAGCAGAUGAUUUUUUUUCCUCCUCUAUCCAUGUAAACCAGUUAUAUAAAACAACAAAAUAAUGCAAUAUAAAAUGUUAAAAUCAGAAGACAAGAAUUAAUUCAUUUACAUCUCUGCUUUUGGAGCACCAAAAGGUUGUGCACAGUUAGACACACUAAGACUAAGUGUUAGGGUGGAAGGAAUGCAAGUUGGGAAUUUAGGGGAUGUGAACUUAAAAUUAAAUGGGGGGGUGGGGUGUUGUCAUAUUGGCGCAAGUUCACACUAA